UGUGAGAGAGCUGAAAUAGCAGGCAGAGCAGCCACAGUGAUUUUCCUUGGGGUCCUUUUUUUUCUUCCUUAAUUUAAUUUUUUCUCCCUGGUCCCUGGAUUUUUAAGACUGCCAGCUGCACUGAUCACAAGCACUGGACAGCAAUAUGUGUCAUGUCAUUGUAACGUGUCGGUCAAUGCUGUGGACUCUCCUGAGUAUCGUGGUGGCUUUCGCAGAGCUCAUCGCUUUCAUGAGCACAGACUGGCUGAUUGGCAAAGCAAAGCCUUCAAGUGCUGAGGAUGUGGACAACAGAACGGAGGGGUCGCAAGAGCCCUACCAUCCGACACUGGGUAUCUACGGGCGCUGCACCAGAAUUGCCCACAUGCAGCUUUCCAGACGAGACACGCUUUGUGGUCCUUACGCCGAAAACUUCAGUGAGAUUGCCAGUGGGUUCUGGCAGGCAACCGCUAUUUUCCUAGCCAUGGGAAUCAUGAUUCUCUGUGCUGUGGCGUUUGUGUCUGUCUUUACUAUGUGUGUGCAGAGUAUUAUGAAGAAAAGCAUUUUUAAUGUCUGUGGGCUGCUACAGGGGAUUGCAGGCCUCUUCCUUAUCUUAGGCUUGAUACUUUACCCUGCAGGUUGGGGAUGCCAGAAAGCAAUAAGCUAUUGUGGACCUUAUGCUUCUGCAUACAAACUAGGAGACUGCUCCUUGGGCUGGGCUUUCUACACAGCGAUUGGUGGCACUGUUCUGACGUUCAUCUGUGCAGUCUUCUCGGCGCAAGCUGAAAUAGCCACAUCCAGUGACAAAGUGCAAGAAGAAAUAGAAGAAGGAAAAAACCUUAUUUGCCUCCUUUAACUCCAGUGGGGAAAAAUACCAGCACCUGGAUCUUAAUCUGCUUUCCGUUGACUGGACAAGCAGACCCAUGUACCAGUUUGUACCAUUUGUGUGAUUGAGCCCCAUGCAUUCCAGCCCCGAACUACUGAAAUGGUCUUUCUUCCUUGCUGGGCAAUGAGGAUCAGAGAAAGGAUCCCAUGAAAGCAGAAUGUAAAUACUUGGGGAUUUUUUAAAUAGUUUCAUUCUAUGA